AACAAGAGGUGUUUUUUGUGAUAAUUUUUGUAACAAAUUUUCCUAUAAAUGUUCAAUGCUCCUCAAUCUCGGCCAUCAUCUUUUAAGUGUCAACCCAACCGUUAGGUAAAAACUUAAUUUCCGCAAUGAAAUUCUUCGCUGUUUUCGCUAUCUUGCUUGUUUUGGCAGUAAGUUCAAUGGCUGUUCCUUCUGGAAAUGGUCGUCCUGGAUGUAAAACCGAACAGGAAAUCAGAGAUAAGUUGUAUAGGAACUUUUGGGAUCCAACUGCUUACUGGGUAUGCUCGGAACAAAACACUCCUGCUUCGUCAGCCAGGUGUCCCGAUGAGGAAGCAUUCGUAUUUAGUGUAAGGAAAUGCGUUCCAUGGGACGAUUGGACUUGGGAACCUCUUAUUGCUCCAUUGAGUACUCCAUAAGCAUUAACAAUAACAGAAUUUAUUAUUUAAACAGAUAAACAUGAAGAAUAAAUAAAUUUGUGUGAAAAACAUUAAAAUCUGUUAAUAAAAUUUUGUUGAACAUUUAAA